UCGGGCUCCAUUACGACAGACUCCAAAAUGCAGGGGUGUCUCUGAAAUUAUCAAAAACAAUAUGGAGUAUAUCGAGUAAAAGAACAAACAUCCUCGAGGCGAACUGAAAUCAACUGAAGAUGUUAAGAUGGCUGAUGGCGGGGGCCAAGGACGUUUCAACGUUUGACCAGGCAGGGAUUGACCAAAAAGUCUAUUUUGGAACAUAAAGAUCGUUUCUUUGCGAGGAAGAAAGAAAGGAAAUCCAAUCCUCUCCUCUCACUGCAGUCGUGAAAUCGUAAGAGAAAGGAAAAAUCGCAAUAUGGGUUUUAUCAAAGAUGCGAUGCAGCCUGCAGGGUCCCUUCGAGCUCGUCCUCUCCUCACUCAGAUCAUCACUCUCGAUAUGCAGGCAUGACUAUAUCCUCUGCAUUAAUAAUAUGGAAGGCAUUGAUAUGCAUAACUGGCUGUGAAUCUCCUGUUAUUGUCGUUGUAAGUGGGAGCAUGGAACCUGGCUUUAAGAGGGGGGACAUAUUGUUCCUGCACAUGAAUGAGGACCCCAUUAGAGCUGGAGAUAUUGUUGUUUUUAACAUUAAGGGAAAGACCAUUCCGGUUGUUCAUCGCGUAAUACAGGUACAUGAACAGCAAAAUAACAAGGAAAUUUAUGUUUUGACGAAGGGCGAUAUCAAUAAAAAGGACGAUAGGCUUGGGGGAAUCUAUGGGAGUGGGCAGCUGUGGCUGCAGAGACAGCAUAUAAUGGGCAGGGCUAUUGGGUUUUUACCUUAUGAGGGCUGGGUAACUAUUGUACUGACAGAAAAUCCUAUUGUUAAGUAUGUUUUGAUUGGUGCACUGAGUUUGGUUCUCAUAACCUCCAAGGACCGAGGAGCAAAACAAAACUCAAGAACCAAUGAAUAGAAAAGCAGAAGUUUGAUACCAAGGUUAGGAGUGGAUUGGUCGAUGAGCUCUGUUCUUGCCCGAACAAUAUACAGAAUUGAAGUUGAUAUCAGGAUAUGGGUAAUGUACGUAUAUAUGGAAACUUAGCGGGGUCGUGUUCAUUCUUCUUAUGAUCUCAAACUCUUCAUGGGCAUAAAUUAGUAGUCAUAAGUCAGUUUUAAAGUGUGAGUGAGUUUGAGGAGAGUGAGCACUAAAUUCGGCAAAGCCAAACUACUUGUGAGCUACUUGAUUUUGAUUCUUUCCAUGAAUGAACUUUUAAGCUUGAAAAGGUAUUAUCGGUGAA